GGAAGUCGGCAGCAGGUGCCACCGGAAAGUGUGUCCUACCCAGCCUUUGCCUGCAGAAAGGGAGGGAGCUAACGGCGUUUAAUUGCAACAAGCCGCCCAGUAAUUAAAACAAAAAAAGAAAAACAGCAUAUAAUAUUUAAAAUGUCUUCAGCUGAAAUGAACGCUGCAGUGCCCAACCAUCGGAAGACCAAGCCCGGUGGAUUAAAGACCGUGGUUGUGAACAGCGGCGCGACUGGACCGACAUCCCAGAUCCCGGGUCUGUCCCAGACUGCUGACGAGACUUCUCCGGUGGAGAGGACCAGCGGGAGGCGUGUUGGGAUCUUUGAGUCCGACUCUGAGUAUGUCAAGCUCGCAAAGGGAGGUGGACACAAAGGGCUGUUGAGUCAUGAUGACGAUGCUGAUGACAAGCCCAUGAUGUCCUACAAUCCACCCAACUGGUUUGGAGAUGAGUCAAAGGGCGGAAGCAAAGCAACGUCUCCCGACAGCGAGAUGAAGGCGGGCAUGCAGCCUCUGGCUGCACCGUUUGGCACUGAUAUCAGUUCGUCCUGGGAAAAAGAUGAUAGAAAUUCCCCUGAUAAAGAGAAGAUGUCUCCUGAUGGAGUUGCCAAUGAGAUGGAAGGUCUGUCCAUGACCAACAAGUACAAGAGAACGUGUUAUGAGAAGAAGGCUCCACCGGUCAGCAUGACCAAGCUGCUGAGUCAUGGCUAUGUUGAGGACAAGAAGAAGUCUCCUAAUGACGACGAUGCUUCAAGUGUGACCUCAGAACAGACCAGCACCAUCAUGACUGAGGACGUGGAAGACCUGGAGUAGUGCAUUCAGGCUCCUGGUCUGGAGGGAAAAGGGGGUUCGUCCUAACACUGGUUCAUGGUUCCCUACAAAUCUACGAACACACUACUCCGCUCCUCCUCGGAUUCACUUCGCAUUUAUUGUACAUCCACUGACUGUUAGGUUUUGUACUCAUGUUUAUGCAAAAGGUACUGUCCUCUAUUUAUUUGCUUUAAUUUGUAAAAAAGAGUUCACGCGGAUUUUGUUGAGUAGACGUGUUGGUGCUCGCAGUAUUUUUUAUUUCCGUGUUGUUGUUGUUGUUGUUCCUCGAUUUGAAAGACGAGUUGUGCACAGGGCAGGAAACUAACUGAUUUUGGGUCCAAAGAAGCUGGUUGAGUGAGAAAUCCCAACUGUUUUACCGGCCAGUUUGAUUUUGACCCCAAAGCGGAGCUAAAGCUUAAAUCCACCUGUUUCCGACAGGUGUCUGUUAGUUUCCCUCCCUGGUUGUAUGAAGAUCGAGUUAGUGAAUUUAAAGUGUUUGUGCUAAUGAAAUGUGGUUCCAGUGACGUGAAAUAUUAUUUGUUUCGAUCAAGGGCUCCUUCUCUCUGAAGGGAUGUUGUGGAGGUCUGUGUGUUUUCAGCUGCGGGGUGGGAACGAUCAUUUGUUGAGACAGCCUCCCUGCAGCCGUGACCACAUGCCAAAGUGCAUCCUGAUGGCCACAGCCGCCGUGGUUUGAUUGGAUAAAAAGGGGCCAGAGAUGAUUUCUUUAGGUUGCUGCUCUGCAAAAGGUUGCCCUGCUCUAAUACUCCCCCACAAAUCUGUUGUUUUUGAGAUCUAAAAUCAAGAAAUUGAAUUCAAGUUUGUUUGGAUGCUAUCAGGUGCUGCAGGAUCAAUUUCCUCCUUAUUAGGAAGCUGGACAGUAAAUCAAUAACAGUGCCAUGUGUUUGAUGCCAGUCCAAAAUGUGUCAGAAGCUUGCUAAUGAUGGAACUAAAUUAGGUCUAUUCUUCAUGCUAAAGCCCUCCAGUGUUAAUGUUUAUGCUUUCCCAUUCAGCCUUAUACACCCAACACUCAUGCAACAACAGAUAAAGCAUUCUGGGUAAUUUAGGGGCCACCUUCAGCAGACUGCCGAGUUGAAAGUCAAGUCCAGUGUAAUUCCCUGUGAAAUUUAAGGCAGACGAGUUUUUAAAAAGUGAGUUCUGAAUAUGCCAACCAAGCAGUUUGUCCCUGCUCAUGCAGUGUUUUUUUUUAGUAGGAGAAGUUAGUGUUAGUGCACAGCCUGAUCACAACAAACCCUCCAUCUCAUGACGUGUUUGUCCAUCCGGUGUCUAUUCUGUUCAGAUGAGAGAAACGGUUACUGCGGCAACAUUUUUGAAUUUUAAAACUUUAAUCUUGGAAGCAGCGUAAAAAAAAGCAUCUGCUGCAGGUCGAUUGUUUAAAAUAUUCUCAAAACAUACUAAGGAAUAAAUAAAUUAACCUAUAUUUAUCUUAAAAGUUCAUUUUAUGUGUAACAAAAACUGUCAGCAUUGCUCCUUGUUACGUAAUUGGCAAAUGUAGAUUUUAGCAGAAACUUAAUUAGGCUUAAUUGCUAAUCAAUGAGUGCAUCUAUCCACAUCCAGGUUGCAUUCAUUUCAUUGAUUAUAACACUAGGAAUUAUUGUUAUAUAUUCCAAUUCAUGUGGCAUUAAUAAGAUCUUAAAAUGUCAUAAAUUGGACUUUUUGAACUCUGAAGAAACAGUCGACAGAGCGUUUGAAGCACUUUCACACCUUUUGUUUUAAUAAAAAAAACGUGUUACAUUUUUUGCCUUAAAUCCUCAAGUUAAGUGGAGGAGUCUUUCCUUUAUGACAAUAGGAAAGGUUGCAGAAGUAGUUUGACUGUCAGGACAUCUCAAAAAUUGAUUUCUUUUGAUUUGAUUGCCAGUUCAGCUUUGAGUCAUUUAACAGUUCUAGUUUUGUUUUUUUAGCUGUAACUGUGAACCUAACUGACAGUAAAAUCCUAAUCCUACAGGGACAUUUGUCAGGCGGAGAGAAUUCUUUUAAAAUUGAAAAGGAUAGGAAUGAUUUAUUCGGGUGUUAACAGCAAGAUUAAAGCUCUGAGUUUGUCCUCGUAAAUCCAACACAUUCAUCACCUGCGUCUCUAAAAAAAUGAUGCAGCAGUAGCAGUCUGUCAUUUGGAAAGAACCUGCAGUAAAACUCUAACAAGAUAUGUGUCAUGUUCAACACAACUGUCCUAUUUAGGGCCGUCACUUAUUUUUUUCAUCUCCGUAUAUUUAACUGUUGAUGCAUAAUUUACCUGUGGUACUAAAAAGUAUUGAAAACUAGUCGCACUGGAUUUUAUUUUGCAGGAAUAGCGAAUGUAUCUUUUUGAUAUAGUUUGCUUUAAAGAAAAGGUUUAUCUUUUAUGAACCGUUAGAUAUUCAGGUACAGUAUGUUUAGUUCAAAUAGUGUUUUCGUCAAGUUGCUUCCUCUUCUCCCAGUGUGAGCUGGUGGCAUAUACGUUUACAAACCAUUAGCGGGAACCUUUAGUGGCUUAACUCUACAAAGUCCUCCCUGAAGUCUUGUCGCUUGUAUUCUCCCCUCUUGCUUAUUUUUCAUCUGCAAAUGGUUCAUUUUUUUUAAAAUUCAAAUGUACCAGAAGAGAAUGAAGAAGGCAGCUUUUAAAUAGAAGAUCCCUCAAGUGUUUGUAGUGAGGCGAAACUCCACCUGACACAAUGUAAGACCCCGCAUUUCUUGAUGACUGCACACACACACUCUCAAUUAUCAUUUCAAUAAAUGGGCAUGU